UGGCUGGGUUGUCACUGUACUGUCAGCCGUGGCAUGUGUGACAGAGGACAGAGCGCGUGCCAGUUAAAGGGGAGGAUUCCUCUGACAGCGUGCGCGCGUACGGGAAACAUGACGUCAUGCGCCACGCUCCGCUACAGUCCUCCAGCAGUCGGAGGGGUCUGAAGAGGGAAAUAGAAACAUAGAAACCUAGAUUUUAGGCAGCGCCGACCAAAUAGAAACGCUCGCCACCAUGGCCGAAGAGAAUAUCUUUCUGUUCGUGCCGAAUUUGAUCGGAUAUGCUCGUAUUGUACUGGCUCUGAUAUCCUUCUUUCUAAUGCCCUGCUGCCCGGGCCCGGCAGUGUUUUGUUACCUACUCAGUGCCCUGUUGGAUGCCUUCGAUGGACACGCAGCUCGCGCUCUUAAUCAAGGUACAAAGUUUGGUGCCAUGCUGGACAUUACAGACCGUUGUGCCACCAUGUGUUUGUUGGUGAACCUGGCACUGCUGUACCCGUCCUACACUUUCUUGUUUCAGCUCAGCAUGUGUCUGGACAUGGCCAGCCACUGGCUGCACCUGCACAGUUCCAUGAUGAAGGGAGCCACCAGUCACAAGACCAUUGAUCUCUCUGGCAACCCCAUCUUACGGCUGUACUACACAUCCAGGCCGGUGUUGUUUUUCAUGUGUAUGGGGAACGAGCUGUUCUUCUGUCUGCUGUAUGUAAUGCACUACAUCGAGGAACCCCAGGUGUGGCUGCAAUGGCUGCUGGGAGUUUGCAGCGUGGUCUGUGUGCUGAAGUCUGGCAUUAGUCUCCUCCACCUCAUCACCGCCUCCCGUAACAUGGCUGCUAUCGAUGUGGCUGACCGUGAGAGAGAGCGGAGCAAAGCACAAUGAGACAUGAGAGUAUGCAGAAACCAAGAAAAAUGAGACAAAGGCCGUGCAAAAGAAAUGAGCAGAAAAAAGAGUGAUGAGAUCGCUGGCCAGUGUAAAUGAGGAUGAGAUAAUGGCAAUCAAUCACUGGACCACACAAGCCUCAGUGAGCAUUGAUAUUUAUUUGAAUAUAGAUUAUCAAUGCUAUAAUGCCAGGGCAAAUUCCUUAUGAGAUUUAUCCAUAUUCCUGUAGAUGUGCUUUUUAUUUCUGUUGAUGGAACUAGUUGCACUAUGAGUUUACCAUGUUUAUGUCAUCUUUCAGGGUGUCAUCAUAUUAAUUUUUAUUUUUGAGGGUUAAUUUAUUCGUUAAUGGAAUAAACAUGUGUCAUUUUAAUGGAAUUUAGAACACCUCUUCUAUUUAAAACCAACAUUUCCACACGUGCACACACACACACACACACACACACACACACACACACACACACACACACACACACACACACAGGCACAUUCCACACUGAAAGCCACUUGAGUAUUACUGUAUUUGACCAUUGUUUUAUCAUUAGUUUUGGUAUUUAAUUUACGAGCCUGUCUAUUACGGUUUUAUUACACUUGUUUUUGUUGCAGGUAUAUCAAAGAACGUUUAUCUGUUUGAAUAUUAGUUUAAAGAGUGUGAAGCCAUUGUUAUAUUAAUUAAGUGGUUCUGGCAUCAUUUUCGUCCAUAGCCUUCUGAAUGUAUUAUUGGGUUGUAGUAGAGGAGUAGACAGUAGGAGUAGUCUAAAGUUUUACAGCUGUUAUUAUAAAUGAUCAGAAAUAUAUGAGAGUUUUAUGAUUGUGGAGAAAAGUCAUUUUGUACUGUAACUGGUGAUUUGACAAUAAAGAUAUCCUGACAACAA